AGAGAUCAUGUCCAAAGGAACUGCAGUCGGCAUUGAUCUUGGGACCACCUACUCCUGUGUGGGUGUGUUCCAGCAUGGUAAAGUUGAAAUCAUUGCCAAUGACCAGGGCAACAGGACCACCCCCAGCUAUGUGGCCUUCACUGAUUCUGAGAGGCUCAUCGGAGAUGCAGCCAAAAAUCAAGUUGCCAUGAACCCCACCAACACAGUCUUUGAUGCAAAGCGCUUGAUUGGCAGACGGUUUGAGGACCCAGUAGUGCAAUCUGAUAUGAAGCACUGGCCAUUCAAUGUUAUCAGCGACAGUGGGCGGCCCAAAGUUGAAGUUGAGUAUAAGGGUGAGACAAAAAGCUUCUACCCUGAAGAGAUCUCCUCUAUGGUUCUGGUGAAGAUGAAGGAGAUUGCUGAAGCCUACCUUGGAAAGUCCGUGUCCAAUGCUGUGAUCACAGUCCCUGCAUACUUCAAUGACUCUCAGCGUCAAGCAACCAAAGAUGCUGGAACCAUCUCUGGUUUAAAUGUAUUGCGAAUUAUUAAUGAACCCACUGCUGCAGCUAUUGCUUAUGGUCUGGACAAGAAGGUUGGGUCUGAGAGGAAUGUUCUCAUCUUUGAUCUUGGUGGUGGUACCUUCGAUGUGUCCAUCUUGACCAUUGAAGACGGUAUCUUUGAGGUCAAGUCCACUGCUGGAGAUACUCAUCUUGGAGGAGAAGAUUUUGACAACCGCAUGGUCAAUCAUUUCAUCGCCGAGUUCAAACGCAAGUACAAGAAGGACAUCAGUGACAACAAGAGAGCUGUCCGUCGUCUGCGCACCGCUUGUGAGAGGGCAAAGCGCACCCUGUCUUCCAGCACCCAGGCCAGCAUUGAGAUCGACUCCCUGUAUGAGGGUGUUGACUUCUAUACCUCCAUCACAAGGGCCCGCUUUGAGGAGCUCAAUGCUGACCUCUUCCGUGGCACCUUGGACCCAGUAGAAAAGUCCCUCCGUGAUGCCAAGAUGGAUAAAGGGCAGGUCCAUGACAUUGUUUUGGUUGGUGGCUCCACCCGUAUCCCCAAGAUCCAGAAGCUGCUGCAAGACUUCUUCAAUGGCAAGGAGCUGAACAAAAGCAUCAACCCUGAUGAGGCUGUGGCCUAUGGAGCUGCUGUCCAGGCUGCCAUCCUGUCUGGUGACAAAUCUGAGAAUGUCCAGGACCUGCUUCUUCUGGACGUCACCCCUCUGUCCCUGGGUAUCGAGACAGCUGGAGGUGUCAUGACGGUGCUGAUCAAACGUAACACCACCAUCCCUACCAAGCAGACCCAGACCUUCACCACCUAUUCAGACAACCAACCUGGCGUGCUCAUCCAAGUUUAUGAGGGCGAGCGUGCCAUGACAAAGGACAACAACCUGCUGGGCAAGUUUGAGCUGACAGGAAUCCCUCCUGCUCCUCGUGGUGUUCCUCAGAUUGAGGUCACUUUUGAUAUUGAUGCUAAUGGCAUCCUCAAUGUCUCUGCUGUUGACAAGAGCACUGGCAAGGAGAAUAAGAUCACAAUCACCAAUGACAAAGGUCGUCUCAGCAAGGAAGAUAUUGAGCGCAUGGUUCAGGAGGCCGAGAAAUACAAGGCUGAGGAUGAUGUACAACGUGACAAGGUGUCCUCCAAAAACUCUCUAGAGUCCUACGCUUUUAACAUGAAGUCUACAGUGGAGGAUGAGAAGCUUGCUGGCAAGAUUACUGAAGAAGACAAGCAGAAGAUUUUGGACAAAUGUAAUGAGAUCAUUAGCUGGCUGGACAAAAAUCAGACUGCAGAGAAGGACGAGUAUGAGCAUCAACAGCAAGAGCUGGAGAAGGUGUGCAACCCAAUUAUCACCAAGCUGUAUCAGAGUGCUGGUGGCAUGCCAGGUGGGAUGCCAGGUGGGAUGCCAGGUGGGAUGCCAGGGGGCUUCCCUGGAGCUGGUGGUGCCCCCACCGGCGGCGGAUCCUCCGGACCAACUAUUGAGGAGGUCGAUUAAAUGCAAUAUCGGCAGCCCCCUCCCCUUCAUAAUAAAUCAUAAAGCAUGAAAAACCUUAUAGGGACCCAAUUAUUAAACCGAGGCUGGUCAUUGGCUUGUAAUGGGACAGGUGAAAGCUGCUAUGUGAAUAUUUUGAGCUGUUGAAGGAAACAUUACCUGUGCACUUGGAUGUUUGAGUCCCAAUGAAUAAAUUAUUAAAUUAUUGCUAUAUCAUAAGACUUGACAUAUUUAUUGUUUUCAUAAUCUAAAGAUGAUCUAAUUUUUUUUCUUGUUGUAUUUUAUACCUUUAAUGGAUAGUGACAGUGGCAGUAGACAGGAAAUGGGGGAGACAUUGGGGGUUAUGGUUUGUAACAAAGGUCGCCAGCUGGAUUCGAACUGGUGAGACAUUGUGACCAUGUGAUAUGCGAUGUAAUCAUUUGGCUAUGGGCCCCAAUCUAAUGAUGUCCAUCCAUCCAUCCAUCCAUUAUCCAAACCGCAUAUCCUGCUCUCAGGGAGGCUGGAGCCUAUCCCAGCAGUCACUGGGCGGCAGGUGGGGAGACACUCUGGACAGACCACCAGGCCAUCACAGGGCCGAGACACACACACACACAUUCAUAACUAGGGACAAUUUAGUACGGCCGAUUCACCUGACCUACAUGUCUUUGGACUGUGGGAGGAAACCCAUGCAGACCGGAGAGAACAUGAAAACUCCACACACAGGACAACCCGGAAGGCCCCCCAAGGUUGGACUACCCCGGGGCUUGAACCCAGGAUCUUCUUGCUGUGAGGCGACCGUGCCAACCACUGCACCACCGUGCCGCCCAUCUAAUGAAG